CGUCCGUCUUUUGGUCACCAAAAAAGCGUCGGCUCAACACAAACUUUACAUAAGCAUAGCAACUCAAGCAACAACAACAACAACAACWAUGAAAUUCUUCGUCUUGGCCGUGUUCGCUAUCGCCGCCGUUGCGGCUGAUGUUUCCCACCUGAAUCUGGGCGGUGGCAACGGCUACUCGUACGAGAAGCCAUCGCAGUCGUUCGACAUCGACAUCCGUUCAUCGGGACCGGGUGCAUCCUACUCCGCUCCUGCUCCGGCUCCAAUCUACUCAGCGCCUGCACCAGCACCAGCUCCAGUCUACUCUGCUCCUGCACCAGCACCGGCACCAGCCAAUGAGUAUCUGCCACCUGUGCAGGACGUUUCCGCUCAGGGUCCGGCUCCGAUCUACUCGGCACCCGCUCCCGCUCCCGAGUACAAUGCUCCAGCUCCCUCUCUGCCCGCCCCCGAGUACCUGCCCCCUGCUCCAGCACCAUCGUACUCUGCCCCAGCACCUGCUCCAGUCUACUCGGCUCCUAGCCAGUCCUACUCUGCCCCAGCACCGGCUCCAGUCUACUCUGCUCCAGCACCCGAGUACAAUGCUCCAGCUCCAAUUCAGCCUGCUCCCGAGUAUCUGCCCCCUGUGCAGGACAUCCCCGCUCCAGCUCCAGCUCCAGUCUACUCGGCUCCAGCACCAGCUCCAGCUCCCAUCUACUCGGCUCCCGCUCCCGAGUACAAUGCGCCAGCUCCCUCUCUGCCAGCUCCCGAGUAUCUGCCCCCUGUGCAGGACAUUCCCGCCCCAGCUCCCGCUCCCAUCUACUCCGCCCCAGCACCUGCUCCCGCUCCCAUCUACUCCGCCCCUGCACCCGCUCCCGCUCCCAUCUACUCCGCCCCAGCACCCGCUCCCUCCUUCUCCUCCCAAUUGUCCGGUCCCAUCAGCUCCGGCCAGGCCGGCGAGUCCAAUGGCUACGAGUACAACGUGCCAGCCAAGCGCUUCCGUUUCUAAGUGCCCAUCUCCAUCCUCAUCUUUGGAGCACCGCUUGUUAAAUUAACAAGUGACCUCCGGCACCUUGUUGUUGAUCAUCUGUUGUUAUUAUGCAAAGUUUCUGUUGAGAUUUGUAGCUAAUAAAUAUAUGUAUGUAAAUAUA